AUGUCUGGUGAUCCCAGCCACGGUGAAAGGUUGGCGGUUGAGGGGACCCUUGGUCGGCGCACAUACGCUUCACAAGGUACAAACCCCAGAAAACGUUACAACGUGGGCCUGUUUGGUUGUGGACGAAUUGCAGGUCAGAAUCCUUCCGUCCAUCUUAAAAACAUUCUGAGCAACCGUCGUCUGGAUUUGACAUGGAUUGUGGAAAACGACGCAAGGCGGAUACAGGAAGUGAAGGACGAAUUCUACCUCGAUGGGAACACCCCCUUCUUUCCCUUCUCGGAGAGGAACAUACUUUUGUCAGAUAAAAGCCUGGAUGCCGUUGUGGUCGUGUCACCAACCAGCACACAUACAGAGUACAUCGUCCAAAGCCUUAAAAAUGUACUGGUUAGUACUAAACUAAAGCUUGUCCAACUACUUUUCACCUCAAGGAAAGCCGACUACCUACGUAAACGAUUGAACCAAUGCGGACAGCCUGAUUCGAUGGCGGGCCUCAUCAAGUACCCGGAUGGAGUCUUUGUUACUAUGGACGUGUUCCGAGAAAGCGUUUACGGCUAUGACAUACGUCUCGAGGCAUUCGGCACAGGCGGUAUGGCACUGGCAGAGAACCCCCGGGAGAGUUCUACAGUUAUAGACGGGGAAAGUUGUGGUUCCACUCGUCGUCUCUUUAACUCCUUCCCACAGAGGUUUGAGGCACCAUUUGCUGCGGAGCUGGACCAUUUCAUUAACUGCAUGGAUGGAAAUACUACUCCACUUGUUACUAAGGAAGAAAGUCUGUGUGUUGCUGUCAUUAUUGAAAAGGGUGUACAGUCGUACAGAGAAAAACGUGUAGUAUAUUUCUGA